CCGGCCGCGCUGAGGGCGGAGGCGGCGGAGCGGCCGCGGCUGCCGGGGGCUCUUGGCUGGGCCGCGCCGCUGCCCGUCCCGCAGCGCUCCGGCGGAGAGAGGAGCGAGAGCAGCGGAGGCAGCGACCGCGUGCGGCAUGAACCGGGCUCAGCGCGGGGCCGCGGGCAGCCGCGGCCUGGGCACCAUGGAGGUGAAGAGCAAGUUUGGGGCAGAAUUUCGCCGAUUUUCCCUGGAGAGAUCCAAGCCUGGGAAGUUUGAGGAGUUCUAUGGCUUGCUGCAGCACGUGCACAAGAUCCCAAACGUCGAUGUCCUGGUGGGAUACACGGACAUCCACGGGGACCUGCUGCCUAUCAAUAAUGAUGACAAUUACCACAAAGCAGUUUCUACAGCCAAUCCUCUGCUCAGGAUUUUCAUUCAGAGAAAAGAAGAUGCAGACUACAGUGCCUUCGGGACGGAUACCAUGACCAGGAAGAAGAACGUCUUGUCCAACGUGCUACGUCCAGAUAACCACAAGAAGAAGCCCCACAUUGUCAUUAGCAUGCCCCAGGACUUCAGGCCCGUGUCGUCCAUCAUAGACGUGGACAUUCUGCCUGAGACGCACCGCAGGGUGCGGCUCUACAAGUACGGAACCGACAAACCCCUGGGCUUCUACAUCCGCGACGGCUCCAGCGUCAGGGUCACCCCGCACGGGCUGGAGAAGGUGCCCGGCAUUUUCAUAUCCCGGCUGGUGCCCGGGGGGCUGGCGCAGAGCACAGGCCUGCUGGCUGUCAACGACGAGGUGCUGGAGGUCAACGGCAUUGAGGUGUCGGGAAAAAGCCUCGAUCAAGUUACAGACAUGAUGAUUGCAAACAGCCGCAACCUGAUCAUCACCGUCAGACCCGCCAACCAGAGGAACAACGUGGUGAGGAACAGUCGGACUUCGGGCAGCUCCGGCCAGUCCACCGAGUCCAGCCUGCCCAGCAGCACUCCAAACCUUCUGGGAAGCCUGCUGCAGGAGGAGGAGAGCGAUGAAGAGGACAUUAUUAUUGAAGACAGUGGCGAGCCGCAGCAGAUCCCAAAAGCGGCACCUACCAGCGAAAGCAUAGAAUCCUUAUCACAAAUUGAACUCCUCCACGAGUCCACACAGAAUGGAUUCCUUCCUUCCAGCGAGAUGGACUUGAAUCACUCCGCAGGCAGCAUUAGCAUGGAGUAUGAUGUACCAGAGCCAGGGCGUAAGUCCUUAGAAGAAGAUGGAACAAUAAUAACGCUAUGAAAUAACGUUGGUGUGCUUUGUAUAAGUAAGGAUGCCAUACGUGUUUUAAUUGGGCUUAAUAAGUAACACAUUUUAUACCUCUCCAUCUACCAAGCACUGCAGUUAGAUUAAAAGGAGGGAAAAAAGUAAAUUCGAGAAAUUCAAAAUUACAUAAGUUGACUAACUUCAUUAAUUCUGCACUUCAGUGUAAAUAAUUCACAAAGCUGGACGAUAAUUGAUAAAUAGCUGAAACUGAAUGAGAAAAUUUAAAUUGAAAAUGAAGGAUAGCUAAGAGAUGGCUGUGAGCUUUCUUUUCAAGGUACUUGAUUUUUAUUAUUUUUUUAAUGCCAUAUACUACUGGUUGUAUAGAAGUAAACUUCCUUACGUGUGAGGCUGACCGUCUCAUGGACUGUGGUUUCAUGUUCCUCUGAAGUGCUGCUUACGUGUGAUGGAGCUGCUGCAGCCCCUCGCUCCUAUCCUGGCUGCUGCUCUGCUGGCAGAGCUGUGCAUGGCUCCGAGCAGGGGAGAACUGGAGAAAGCAGAGGUGGGCUGGGGGGAGAUGGGGAGGCUGGUCUGGUCCUGGCUGGCACAGGGACACCAGGGCUCUGUGGGCAGCACCUGCACUGGGGCUUUGGAGGUCACUGUUCCUUUGGGAGUGAAUGUGCAACCACAGGCUCGUUAGUCAGGCACCAUUACUGGUUUUAAUGGCCAGGCAAGCUUACUUUUAAUGACUCUGAUUUUGAAAUUCAAAUGUGAAAGUCUUAACACUAAUGCAUCAGACCUGUUCUCAUUCUAGUUUGCAAUAUUUAAGAAUAUCAUUGGAUUUAGUUACUAAUCCCAGUAAGUUACAAACAAAUCAAAUGUAAACUUAAUGCUAUGGAAAUAGCAUAGCAUAAUCUCUGUUAAAAUUGCAGUCCUAGUAGAAGCUGUAAAGAUUUCUACUAGAACAGGUUUGUUGGAAUGAUUCUGGAUUAUAUAAAAGUGACUUUCUUCAAACCUGAACAAGUUAGAACAGUCAAAGUUAAAUCCCUGGAUUAAAAACAGUUUUAAAUCAGAAUGAGGCUUUACUACACCUUGUUUGAGCCAUGUGAUAUGAAGUUAUUCAUUGUUGGGCACUGCUCUGUAAAUGCAGGUCAUUUGUGCCCCUGGCUGGGUGUUGUGGAUAUCCCAGUGUUGCUCUGUGUGAAAACGCUGCUGAAAGUCCUGAUGCUGCAAGGGCAGAGGUGUGUGUGUAACCACUGCACCCACUGGGACAGCUGCAGAGGAGGCUUCUGGCAUUGUUUUUGUCCUUCCCCUUUUUGUAUCUCCUGCUUUACCCCUUUGGCCCUUGGUUCCCAGCCUGACCCCUUUGGGAACAGAAGAAGAGCUGGGGACUAACAGGACUGGGGAGAGGGAUCUCUGCAGGGAUCCCGUGGCCUGUGUCAGCCUGUCGGGAGGAGCAGGGUGCUACCAGUUGUGUCCUGUGUCCUGAGCUCCCCAGAACAGCAGCCAGGUGCUUGGGAGCCUGUUCCACCCUCUGGGAAGAUGUGAUGAGUGGGAAGGGAGACUGACCCCUUUCUUUUUUUCUCCUCAGUCUAGUUGAGGAAAAUCUACCUCUGGUAACUUCACUAACAGGAGACCAACUGUAAUUUAAUGAUAGAGCAUCUGUAAUAGUCGUUGCAGACUGUGAGAGGCUGAACCUGUGUUUGUUUCAGGUUUUUGUGAUGAUGCAAACACUGCUGCAGAAACAAAUCCCUGCUGUUUGAUGUUACAAAGUGCACAUUUGAAAUUAGUAUCUGAUGAGCAGUCACUUUCUCAAACC